UUGCUCGAAAUCUUUGUUAUUCUUUCAAGGGCUAGCGGAAGCGUGCAGUACGCUGUCGCCAAAUUACUUCAGUUUUGUUGUUUAAGGAUUGCCCGAAAUGGCUACCACUGUGCGGAGAACAAUAUUUGUUGCGGCUCACCGGGCGCUUGUCCCGACAACAAUCAACCUACGCAGGAUAAGUUCGGUCGUCUAACCGCUUGCACUUCUCGAAAUGGCAAUACGUGCCCAGCUGGGUCACAGUGUAUGGCCACAAACAUUUUCUCUCAACGGCUCUGUUGCGAACAGACAACUGAAUUUCUUUUCCACACUAUGCUCUCCUAUCAGAUAGAAGACCACCUGCCUGGACUACUCAGUACCCUAUCCGAGUUCACGAUUCCCCCAGAAAUGCAAUCUAGGAGAGCCGUGGCAAUGUGGUGA